AGCACACACACAGUCACUGCGCCGUUUCAUUGUUGCUUCACUUUACACUGGGAAUGUUUAUAGCUGGCCAGCAGGCGCAGUUUUCGACUGACUCGGGAAAACUCGGCUUUAUACGUGAAGUUAGUUGAGCUGUACGGAGAAGUGGUUGUUUUACUCGUGAGAAACUAAACGUGAUUGUGAGUUGGACUUUGAACAGAUAUGGCGUAUCAGUGGUCUGUCUGGAGGUUGGCUGCUUUUUGUAAGAACUUCAGCAUCUUGGACAGGACAAAUGUACGGCAUUUCAGCAGUGCAGCUGGUCACAUUUCAGAGAAAGCUGUACCUUACACUACAGUUUUAAAAAAAGAAAGUUCUGGAGCUAAAGGCCCAACAAAGCCUCUUCCUUUAUCAACAGAUGCGGUAGUGAUUGGUGGUGGCAGUGUAGGCUGCCAAACCAUUUAUCACUUGGCCAAGAUGGGAAUGACCAAUGUAGUCUUACUAGAAAGGGAUCGCCUCACUUCAGGCACUACAUGGCAUACAGCAGGUCUACUGUGGCAGUUACGACCAAGUGACAUUGAGGUAGAGCUGCUGGGUCACACACGUAAUGUUGUUGCUCAUGAAUUGGAGAAGGAAACUGGUCUAAAUACUGGCUGGAUUCAGAAUGGAGGUCUUUUCAUUGCUUCAAACAAACAGCGCUUGGAUGAGUAUAAAAGGCUUAUGUCGCUUGGAAAAGUUUAUGGAAUUGAAUCCUAUGUCCUAUCACCAGCAGAAACUAAAGACUUGUACCCUUUAAUGAAUGUGGAUGAUCUCUAUGGUACCCUUUAUGUCCCUAAAGAUGGAACCAUGGACCCGGCAGGAACCUGUACAACCUUAGCCAGGGCUGCAGCUGCAAGAGGAGCUGUUGUAACACUAAACUGCCCAGGACUGGGGGUAGCCGUAAAAGUAGAUGACAUCUGUCUGAAGAGGAUUAGGCACAUGUCAACGGCACUCGGGGAGGUGGGUUCGCCAUUAGUUGUGAGUUGCAUGAGAGGGAUAGUGGCUUCAAAGGUGCAGGUACCAGCAUGCCGAGUACCAGUUGUGGCGAUGCACAUCGCAUUUGUAGUGACUACAUCUAUAAGCCAAAUUGAAAACAUGCCAAAUGUUCGAGACCAUGAUGCCUCUGUUUACCUCCGUCUCCAAGGUGAUGCCCUUUCUGUGGGUGGAUACGAAUCUAAUCCUGUCUUCUGGGAGGAGGUUUCAAAUACAUUUGCCUUUGGCCUCUUUGAUCUGAACUGGGACAUCUUUAUGCAGCAUAUAGAUGGAGCUGUAAAUAGAGUUCCUGUGUUGGAGAAAACUGGCAUCAAAUCAACAGUAUGCGGACCAGAGUCCUUUACUGCAGACCAUAAGCCUUUAAUGGGGGAAGCACCAGAAGUGAGAGGAUUUUUUCUUGGAUGUGGGUUUAACAGUGCAGGAAUGAUGCUUGGAGGUGGAUGUGGUAAAGAGCUAGCACACUGGAUUAUUCAUGGCCGUCCUGAAAAAGACAUGUACGGAUAUGACAUAAGGAGAUUCCAUCACUCACUGACGAACCACAACCGUUGGAUCCAAGAACGGAGUCAUGAAGCAUAUGCCAAAAACUACUCUGUUGUCUUUCCUUUUGAUGAGCCUCUAGCUGGUAGAAAUAUGAGGAAAUGUGCACUUCAUGAGGAACUCCUUCACCAAGGCUGUGUAUUUCAAGAAAGAGGUGGCUGGGAGAGACCAGGAUGGUUUAAUCCAGAAGGAACAUCUGCAGUUUUAGAUUAUGAUUAUUAUGGUGCUUAUGACAUUCCUUCUCAUGAAAAUUACGCUUAUAAAGAAGUACUUAAAAAGGAAUACACCUUUGAAUUUCCACCACACCAUGACAUUAUUAAGAAAGAAUGCAUUACCUGCCGGAAUGCAGUUGCUUUAUUUAAUAUGUCAUACUUCGGUAAAUUUUACUUGGUGGGUCCUGAUGCAAGAAAAGCUGCUGAUUGGUUAUUUUCUGCUGAUGUAAACAAGCCACCAGGGUCUACUGUUUAUACUUGCAUGUUGAACAAAAAAGGUGGAGCUGAAAGUGACCUCACUGUCAGUCGUCUUGAACCAUCAUCUCAAAGUUAUCCGCUUUCUCCUGCUUUUUCAGGCACUGGUUUUUACCUUGCUAUUGGAGGAGCAGUCGCCCAGCAUAACUGGUCACACAUCACUACAGUACUGCAGGAUAUGAAAUUUAACUGCUCACUCAUUGAUUGUUCAGAAGAACUGGGCAUGCUUAGUGUUCAAGGACCUGCAAGUCGUGCAGUACUUGAGGAAGUGCUUGAAACAGACCUCAGUAAUGAAGCUUUUCCCUUCUCUACACAUAAGCUAGUAAAAGCUGCAGGACACAUGGUGCGUGCUAUCAGGCUUUCAUUUGUUGGUGAAAUGGGUUGGGAGCUACAUGUACCAAAAGAUUCUUGUGUGCCAGUAUACAGAGCGGUGAUGAAAGCUGGAGCCAAACAUGGCAUCACUAAUGCUGCGUACAGAGCCAUCGAUUCCCUCAGUAUUGAAAAAGGUUACAGACAUUGGCAUGCAGAUUUACGUUCUGAUGACACACCUUUAGAGGCAGGCCUUGGUUUUACAUGCAAACUCAAGACAGAUAUUCCUUUUCUUGGUCGAGAAAUAUUAGAAAAACAGAAAGAGAAUGGACUACAUAAACGUAUAGCCUGCUUCACAAUAGAGGAGAAGGUGCCAAUGUUUGGACUUGAGGCUAUUUGGAGGAAUGGUACAGUAGUUGGGCAUGUCCGCAGGGCAGAUUUUGGAUUUGCAGUUGACAAGACUAUAGCUUAUGGCUACAUAAGAAGUCCUGAUGGUGGUCCUGUUACCCUGGAUUUUAUCAAAACUGGUGAAUAUUCACUUGAGAGAAUGGGGGUACAUUAUCCUGCAACAGUGCAUACAAAGUCCCCCUUUGAUCCAGAAAACAAGAGAGUGAAAGGAAUUUACUAAAGGAAUCCAUUAUUUCAUUGCAACUUGGAAUACAGCAUCACAGACUAUUGAAGACAACUUCUGCACACAUCUCGUAAAAAUCUGUAUUGACAUAAGAGAACAUUCCUUGCUCUGCUGAAAGUUGAAAAUAUCAAACAUAUCCAUACUAUAUUUUUGAAAGCGAUAAACACCAUGUUCACUUCUGUACAAGUUUGCAAUGAAAUGUGCAGCCUUCCAAUUUCCACUUUUUAGAAUCCAUUCUAUACAAGUGAUGUGUAUUUCUAUGAAUCUGAACAUCUCGUUUUCAUUCGCUCAUAAAAUCUUUUCAGAGUUUUUAUCAUGAUAUCCACAUAAAGUAUGUAGAUAUCUCCGCAUUAGCAUUAAAAGGUAAAUCAGACAAUAAUACCUUGUCUUUGGCUUUGCUUUUGGAAAAGUUGCAUUAAUAAUGUUAAUGAGGCAAAGCUAAUAAUGGCCUAUAGUUGUCAAGUUAGUAUAAAAUGAGGUGCAAUCAUCUAGUCACAUUUAAAUGCUGUAAUUACAUUUUAUCUGAAUACCAGUUUAAAUUAAGAUUCACGAAGUUUAAGUAUCAGUAAUAGGUACCUUUGUUGAUUAGUACAAAAUCCUAAGAGUGCAUAUAUGAAUACAUUUUAAUUUGUAAGUAAAAUGUUCACAUUUGCCUAUAUGGCUACAGAUGAAUUAGAUCGCAGUGACUUUAUAUAUUCGAAAUAUACAAGUCCGAAAGUACAUGAAACAACAGCAUUAUCAAGUGAGUUUAUUGUGUAUGUAUAGCUCCAAAUUGUGAAUUAGCAUUUUAAUGAACUCGUCUUAUAUUUACAGCACAUCAAGAAAUAUGGUAAUGGCAGAUGUGCAUAUCUAAAACAUGCAUAUGCAGUGUAUGAAUGUAAUAGAAAAUAUGUUACUAUGAAAUUUCAACAUGCCGAAAAUAUGUAGUUUGUAAUGACUGAGAAAGAGUAUUCAAACAUUAAGAAAUCAACAUUAAGAAAUCAAAUUGCAGCUAAACAAACAAAGUGAGUAUCAUGCAUAGUGCUUUAUUUUCUUUUUUGUCCAUCACCUGUAUUUUAUUAACAGUAGGCCAUUUGUUGUAGUCCCUGCUUAUGAUGGCAAAUUCAUUUUUGUGAUAUACCAGUCUGUUAACAUAAAAGUAUCGUCAGAAGCAGAUUGUUGUGAAAUCAGAUAGAGUACUAAAAGACUGAGACAAAAUAUCCAAAAAUAGAGGGAUUGUUAUGUCUGCAACUUAUCAGACAAACAGAACAAAUAAACUAGUAUGAAAUUUUAACUGAAUUAUAUUGUACACUGAUGCUCAAGAGUUUUUCAGAAAGGUUUGUUACUCUGUAGCAACCACUUUUUUUGUUUAAUAUAAAUCAAAGAAUCCAUUUUUAUAAAUUACUGUACUGUGCUUUACAUUUGGUGCAGAUUAAAGAAAUACUGAAAUAAGACAGUUUGCAAACGUGAAGAGUAAACUUGCACUAGAAUUUGGUCAAAAAUUCA